CAAGAAAAAGUGUUACCUAGCAACUUGGACACAGUCAGGGACAAAGAAGGCAGACUUUUGUUAUGUACAGAAGUGAGGUUAUUUUUGCAGCCUUUGGCCAGACAGUAAGUCAAAAGGACACCCCAUUCCCCACAUGGAUGUGGCAACAGCUUAAAUGGACCAUCUACGAAAGAGGAAAUGGGGGAUCUGAAGAGUCCGUCUGCCAGCCCCUUCACAGGCAAAGACAUCACUGUUCUGGCAGGGAAGCUUAAACACAUGGCCCUGAAUACCCCACUCCGUUUCAGCGCUCAGGCCUUGAGACCCCAUUCCAAGAACAGCGCUCGGUUUGGCUGCCUCAGCCAUCACUCUUUCUUCUCACGGCACAAUCCCCACCCUCACAGAGUCACCCAUAUUCAAGGCUUGAACGGUGCUCCUGUUUGCACAGUUAAUGACGAGUGGUGCGAGCAGACCAUUCUGCCACCUCACCCAAUGAUAAAAAGUCAGAUUCGUGCUUCUGUUUUGGGGGCGCCUGGGGCUCAGAUACCCAUCGGAGACCCACAACCUGUUCCAGUCCCCUGGCUAUCAACAGCAGGUUCUUUGUCCAAUGCCUGGCGAGAAGAAUUGAGGGAACUUGCUGCAAGAGUCAGAGCCGCCUCGUCCACUGAGAAAAAGGAGGCAGCAGAAAAGCCUCGGAGGGAGACGCAAUACUCAGAAGAAACAGGACGUCUCAUCCCACCUCCCUCUCGAGCUACAGCUUGCCAUUCGUCCCGCCGUUUGCACAGGAACAAUGCCAAGAAUAAAGGCAAGGAUGCGACCCUGCUCUUCCGGGACCAAGAACUUAUAAUUUUAGAGCUGCUCUGUCAGAUCCUGCAGACAGACUCCUUGACUGCGAUCCAGCAAUGGCUGCUCAUGGCUGCGCAGAGGGAAAAGGACCUUGUCAUGGGAUUGUUGCAGACGGCAACUGCCAAUUUACAUCUUGAUCCCCAGGAGCUGACCACAAGCAUGGAAGAGAGACUUCCAUCACAGUUGCCCCCAGAUGCCUCAGGAUUUGCCUCCAAACCGCGCAGCUUUGGGAGAAAUCAUGUAACCAGGCUGUCUGUUAUGAGACAAAAACAAGAACCUAUCCCAGAAGAAGAAAAGCCAGUGCACAUUGGCUCUGCAGAGGUUCUCCAGUUUCACCCCUCUGCAGAUGAAAAGCAAAACCAAUCAGACCAAACCAAUUAGAAAGAAACCUUCCUCCUGAUGUGACUACUCUUGCUGCUCCAGCUUGUAGUGUUACCGCUCCUGCUACUCACCCAAUGGCAACAAUGCUGCAAGAAAAAGGGCUUCUUUAGAAAAACCCGGCAUCUCAGAACGUGCCUCUUGGAUUGAGGCACCGCAGUCUUCAAGGGGGAUGACAUUUUGAGAUAUUGUUCAAUGAGACUCUGCACAAUUCUGAAACCGUUGGAAAGACCCAUUCCGCUGUGUCCUCCUGUGUUCCAGCUUGGUAUUCAGCAUGAUUCAAGAGAGGAACUCCAAGAAGUUGCAGAAUGAUGAACAUGGAAGGUGCACCUUUAAUGGCAUGGUGCCUAUUGUAGGACGAUUCUGAACUUUGAGACAAGGACUCAGAGCCUUUCAUUCCUUCUUUGAUAGCUGGUAGUAUGUCAAUUAAUUAUUUCCUCUCUUGGAACUAUUUGCAUUCCAUCCCCACACUGCUGUUUGCUUGCCUGCUUUUUAAUGACCAUAGUAGGAGUGCAAUUAAGAUGUUACAAAAUUCUGCAGCUUUGUUUUUAAAAAAUAAAAAGCUAGUUGUUUGAGGCUGCUGCUUAGUGCUCUGAAUUGUCCGGGGUGUGGAGGAGCUGAAACUUUUCCUAAAGAGCUAGGCUCUAGUUACCUGUUUGGGCUGUGAAACCGACUAGAGCGAAGGGGAGAGGACAGGGAGAAAGAUUCCUCCUGCUCAGGAAUUUGCUGAUGAAAGUCAUGUAUAUUACGUGAAACAAGGAUUUAAUCAUACAGAAUUGUUUUGUUGUUGUUGCUGUUGGGUUUCUAAAGGCAGCCUGUAGAAUUCUCUUUAACAAUAAAUCUACGAUGAACAAAAACA